AUGGCGGCGCUGCUGGAGCACGAGAGCCAGAUCUUCCUGGACCUCUUCCACUGCGACGGGCUGGUGGUGUGCGCCCGCGGGCUGGGCAUCGACCGCCUGCUGCUGCGCUUCCUCCGCCUCUACAGCGAGCCCGCCAGCCUGGUGCUGGUGCUCAACACGAGCCCCGCCGAGGAGGAAUAUUUUAUUGAUCAGCUGAGGUCAGAUGGAGUUGUUCAUCUUCCUCGGCGUGUUACCAAUGAAAUUACAAAUAAUACUCGAUAUGAAUUUUACACACAUGGAGGCGUCCUCUUUGCAACAAGUCGAAUUCUUGUGGUCGAUUUCCUCACUGACAGAAUUCCUGCAAACCUCAUUACUGGCAUUUUGGUAUACAAAGCACACAGAAUCAUUGAGUCCUGUCAGGAAGCAUUUAUCUUGCGACUUUAUCGCCAGAAGAAUAAGCAAGGCUUCAUUAAAGCAUUUACAGAUAAUGCAGUUGCAUUUAACACUGGCUUUUGCCAGGUGGAAAGAGUAAUGAGAAAUCUUUUUGUCAGGAAACUUUACCUGUGGCCAAGGUUUCAUAUAGCUGUGAACUCAUUUUUAGAGAAGCAUAAACCUGAAGUGGUAGAAAUACAUGUGUCAAUGACUCCUGGUAUGCUUGCUAUCCAGACUUCAAUAUUGGACAUUUUGAAUGCAUGUCUGAGAGAACUCAAACGUUAUAAUCCAGCUCUUGAAGUAGAAGAUCUGUCAUUAGAAAAUGCUAUUGGUAAACCUUUUGACAAGACAAUACGCCACUAUUUAGAUCCUCUCUGGCAUCAGCUUGGAGCUAAGACCAGAUCUUUAGUCCAGGAUUUGAAGAUACUACGCACUUUGCUACAAUAUUUAACUCAAUAUGAUUGUGUCACCUUCCUUAAUCUUUUGGAGUCACUGAAAGCGAGCGAAAAAGCUUUUGGUGAGAAUUCAGGUUGGCUGUUUCUUGAUUCCAGUACUUCAAUGUUUGUAAAUGCUCGAGCCAGAGUUUAUCGCAUUGCAGAUGACAGACUGAAUAAAAAAAGCAAAGUUUCUGAAAGCAAUGAUGUAAAGAAGGAAAAUGAACUGAAAAGGGAAUUGGUUCUAGAGAGUAACCCAAAAUGGGAAGCUUUACAAGAAGUAUUGAAAGAAAUUGAAAAUGAGAAUAAGAACAGUGAAGAUCUUGGUGGUCCAGGACAAGUACUUAUUUGUGCCAGUGACGACCGAGCUUGUGCACAGCUCAAGGAAUAUAUUACUGUUGGAGCAGAAGCUUUUUUAAUGAGACUGUAUAAUAAAACCUUUGGAAAAGAAGAGAAGGCUGGAGAAGCGUGGAUUAAGGAUAGAAAAGCUGUCAGGUCCAAAGGAAGUGCCAGACCAGACACAGGAACUCAAGCCAAAAAAGCCAAAUUCAAGACUUCUUCAAAAGAAAAUAAACACAAGAAGCAGCAGGAUCGGACUUUAACCCAGAUGAUAGUGAAAACUGAUGAGGAAAACAGAGAGGAGGAGUUGGAAGUGGAAGAGUACAAAGAACUAAGCAGUAGCCAAGAAAGCAGUAUUGAAGAGACCGUUCCUGAAGAUUUCCAUAUUAACUUACCCUCAGAGUCUUACUAUGGUAUCUUCAAAACACCUCUCACAAUUAUUCAUCCCUUACAGGGUUGCAGUGAUCCCUAUGCACUCACUCGGGUAUUGCAUGAAGUAGAACCAAGAUAUGUUGUAUUAUAUGAUGCAGAACUAACUUUUGUUCGGCAGCUGGAAAUCUACAAGGCAAGCAGACCUGGAAAGCCUUUGAGGGUUUAUUUCCUCAUAUAUGGGGGCUCAACAGAAGAACAGCGCUAUCUCACAGCACUGAGAAAGGAAAAGGAGGCCUUUGAGAAACUCAUCCGAGAGAAGGCCAGCAUGGUGAUUCCUGAAGAGAGAGAAGGAAGAGAUGAAACAAACUUGGACCUAGUAAGAGAUGCUACACCUGCAUCUGCUUCCACUGACACACGGAAAGCAGGUGGACAAGAACAGAAAAGUGCUCAUCAAACUGUAAUAGUGGAUAUGCGGGAAUUUCGUAGUGAGCUUCCAUCGCUUAUUCAUCGUCGUGGCAUUGACAUUGAGCCUGUUACUUUGGAAGUUGGAGAUUACAUUUUAACUCCCGAUAUCUGUGUAGAGCGGAAGAGCGUCAGUGAUCUUAUUGGUUCCCUAAAUAAUGGAAGACUGUAUGCACAGUGCAUUUCUAUGUCCCGUUACUAUAAGCGACCAAUUCUCCUGAUUGAAUUUGAUCCUAACAAAUCUUUCUCCUUGAUUCAACGAGGCUCUCUGCAUCAGGAGAUUUCCAGUAAUGACAUUACUUCUAAACUAACCCUUCUUACACUCCAUUUCCCUAAGUUACGUAUUUUGUGGUGUCCCUCUCCUCAUGCUACCGCUGAACUCUUUGAAGAAUUGAAACAAAACCAUCCACAACCUGAUGCGGAAACAGCAAUGGCUGUCACAGCAGAUUCUGAAGUUCUUCCCGAGUCAGACAAGUAUAACCCUGGUCCUCAGGACUUUCUAUUAAAAAUGCCAGGUGUUAACACAAAAAACUGCCGUGUCUUAAUGAACCACGUUAAAAGCAUUGCAGAGCUAGUAACACUGUCAAAGGACGAACUUUCCAAAAUUUUAGGUAACGCUAUCAAUGCCACACAACUCUUUGACUUUAUUCACCUAACCUACAGAGAGGCACUAUCUCAAGGGAAAAACAAAAGAUGACUAAUGGGAUUGUCCAACAUAAGCUGUAGUAAAGCAUUUUUUGCACAAUACUUUGGCAGGGUACAUAAAAGGCAUUUAUUAAAAUAUUCUGAGGUGACGAGCUGUUUCCUACUAUAUUACUAUUCCAUCAGUUUUAACAUUUGAAUUAACAAUUACUGUAGGCAAGUUUCAUGAGGAAAAGAUAAAUUGUUUUAAUGCAGAAAUGCAUAUGAUUUUUAUUGUUUCUACAGCACUUUAACCAAUUCUAUAGUAACAUUGAAUAAACUAAAUGAAAUUCGUAGUCAAGCCCAUUAGGAUGAAGUGCUAAGACUAAUUGAUUGAAGUGUUUUCUUUAGAGACACGUGAUGUCUUGUUAAAGCUAAAAAUAUUCAACAUUAGAUUAAUGUGUGACCUUGUGCAUGAUAUAUCACUCUGCUUCUGCUGUAUCUCACUUGUUUUUAUUAACAUAUUAUUUUCUGGAAACUGCCCAUUUUCCAUUGACAGUGAUGGAUCUGUUUGAAAUGCAUCAUGAACUUUUGCCAGGAGUUAGUUUAGAAGAAUGUACUUGGAAUCAAUCAUGUGAGUUUUAGCAUAUCAUCAUAAACGUUUAUUGCAGUGAACUGCAAUUGGAUGGUUAUGUUCUGUGCUGUAUUUGUUUAGUUUAUUAGCAGCAGUUGUUUUCUGUUUUUUUUUUUUUUUUUGUUUGUUUGUUUUUUGAUGCUCCAGAGUCAGUACAUCUCUGCCUUGGUAGACUUUGCAAAGUGCAUUCCUUUGGUCUAAACUGGGUAGAGAUUCUGCAUUAGCUUAAUUAAUGUACAAUACAGCUUAAUCUCACAGUGCCUUAUUUGAACCAGUUUUGAUACCUCUUUCAGGAUACUUACUUGAAAGUCUAGAUAUAGUUAUCAUUGAGACUAUUCUUUUUAUAUCAAGGCAUAUUUUCUCUCAUAUAAGACAUUUUUCUAAAAGUAAGGUUUUUCCAAAACUAUGAACAGUUUUUACAAUCUUGCCUUCUUUCUGUGUCCUAUUGCACUCGAAUUUUACUAUCUUUAUAAAUGGACCAUCUGUCAAUAAAUUCAGUAAAACUGUUGUCACCUAGAAGACAACUUUUAGCAUUCUAUUUAGCACAAAAUGAGGAAAAAAUCUAUUCUUUCUAUGAUAGUUUGUGAACGUGUUUAUUGUUAAAAACAUUUGUAUUCUACACUGAACUUUGAUAUGACAGCUAUGUAACAAGCUGCCUUUGCCAAAAGGAUUGAUCCUGUCUCCUGUCAUGACAUACUAAUGUGUUUACAUUAUAUAUUUACAAAAUUACAAAAUCCUUUUUUGUAAGUGUGUGUGUAUAUGUAUGCACAACUGAGUGUAGGUAGGAUUCUAAUGCUAACAGCAGAUCUGUGUAUACACCAUUCAGACGAAAGUACUAAUUUUCUGCAUUUGAGUUCAGGAAGACCACUGUGUGCUCAGGUUUAAUGUUUUCUGUGCAUUUUAAGCGUGAAUAAAUGGAUUAUGAAUUUGUUAA